UGACAACCCCUUGCCGUUGAAUUUCGAUUGGUUCCCAACUCGUCCAUCUCUAUGCUGCCCGCGGCCGUGGGUACCAAAUCAAUUUCUGUUCAGACUUAACCGCUGGGUGUUGUGGGGCGCUGUGGUCCGUCUGACUACAGCGACCCCGGCUGAUUGGUUUCCCCGCCUCCUCCUCUUGAGCGUUACGAGUAGAUCCUACAGUGAGGUCUGAAGUCUGAACCCUUGAUCUUGAUGUAUGCAGCAAGUCAUAUUGGUUAUACUUUUGGUCUCUACGAAGGAUUAUUUCUACAUGGGGCAUACUAAAGAGACUUAUUUGGCCAAAAGUUUGUUAGAGACUUUCCUGUGAUACUACCGAUUAACCAAAAGACGCUGACAGCAUGGAAACAUACACCACGGAUGACGCGCUUUCAGCCAUGGGUUUUGGCAAAUUCCAGGGGCUUGUUCUUGCUUAUGCAGGAAUGGGUUGGGUUGUAGAAGCCAUGGAGCUCAAUCUGCUGUCAUUUGUCGGACCAUUGGUUCGGGAGGAGUGGAAAGUAUCUGCCCAAGAUGAGAGCCUACUCUCAAGUGUGGUCUUUGCUGGAAUGCUAAUCGGUUCACUUGCUUGGGGCUUUGUUUCUGACAGAUAUGGUCGAAGGACCGUUUUGCUGUUUUCAGCUCUGUUCACUAGCGGAAUGGGUUUCUUAAGUGCUUGGUCUCCCAACUAUUUAUGUUUGAUGGCUCUUCGGUUUCUCGUUGGCGUGGGAGUGGGCGGUGGCCAUGUGUUCUCAUCUUGGUUUUUGGAGUUUGUUCCUGCGCAAAAUCGUGGCACUUGCGUUGUUCUCUUUUCGCUUUUUUGGACUAUCGGCACUAUCUUGGAGGCUUCACUUGCAUGGGUUGUCAUAUCGGCGUUGAAUUGGCGGUGGUUGCUAGUAUUGACCUCCCUUCCGUGCUUUCUCUUGCUUCCUUUCUUUCGAAUAAUACCUGAAUCACCACGCUAUCUUUGUGUACAAAAUAGAAUGUCAGACGCAAUACUCGUACUGGAGAGUGUCUCUAUGAUAAACCAAGCAGCUCUUCCUCCUGGAGUUCUCACAUACCGCCGUGAAAAUAAAGUUGAUACUCUUACAUCUGAGACUGAAGUAGAUCAUCUUCUUCCAGUCAGAGAGACAGAAAUAGAAUGCAAAGCUAACAAUGCCUUGAGCUUCAGAUCUGGCGCCGUUGCUGCACUGCGAAGGCUAUUGUCGCCAGCAUUGUGCAGAUCAACUCUUCUUCUUUGGUUUGUUUACUUCGCAAAUUCCUUUGCUUAUUAUGGCGUAGUCUUGCUGACAUCGCAGCUAAGCGACGCCAAUAGAAACUGCCCAUCUGGGCUGACGAAUAUACAGCAUCAAGAAGAUGCCAACCUUUACAGGGAUACAUUUGUUACUAGUUUAGCAGAGAUUCCCGGUCUAAUUGUAUCUGCCGUUCUUGUUGAAUGGAUUGGCCGGAAAGCUACAAUGUGGUCCAUGCUCUUCACUUGUUGUGCUUUCCUUGGGCCACUGGUACUUCAUCAGAAUGAGCUAUUUACAACGGCACUCCUAUUCGGUGCUCGCGCAUGUGCCAUGGGUAGCUCCACAGUUCUAUGUUUAUAUGCCCCAGAGGUAUAUCCAACAUCAGUCCGAUCGACCGGUGUUGGAAUUGCGACCUCCAUUGGUAAAAUUGGUGGGGUUAUAUGUCCUCUUGUCGCUGUCGGCAUGCUACGGACUUGCCAUCAAAUGGAAGCCGUUUUUGUGUUCGAGCUGGUGCUAUGCCUGGCUGGAGUGGCCUGUGUUCUCUUCCCUGUAGAAACCAAGGGCCGUGAAAUUGACUGAUGUCAAAUAUAUUAGUGUAUAUAUAUCUAGUGAUUCGGACAUGAAGAUGGCAUGUUUUGCUGGAUUUCUUACUCUCUUUUUUAGGUACCUCUGAAUAAAUUGCAGAAAACAUCGACACUUAA